AUGUCCUCGCCGAUCCUCAAUAUUGCUACCUGGUCACCUGCUUUUUUGGCCUCCAAGCAGAAAAUACCGCGCCGAAGUCUUCGAGUUCACUGUGACCAGCAAGAACUACUCGACCGCGAAGAUGCAUGGGACUCGGAUGGUUUUGCCAAUGUGCCAGCAGAAAUCCUGCAAGAGGUGAAGACGCAGUACAUCCGCAGUAUCGCAUCUACACACGCACGCAAAACCCCCUCCCCAACGCUGCCACAGUCUACAGAGUUCAUCAGACAAGAUGGGGGCCAGGACGAACCAUCAACACCGAAACCAACUGGCACGGGCUCGGAAGAGGGAACACCCAUCCCUUGGUCGCCAUCUCCGGAGCAUCACAUCCGACCUGUUAACGAUGGCGAAGCAAAGGAUACGUCACCAAGAUUGGAACCGCUGCCAGAAAACAACUCGACCCCUCCUCAACAGGCCAUAGUAACUCCAGACCUUCCCAGUCGAGCGCUACCGGAACGACCUUCGUCUCAGAAACGCCCCGAGCACCGUCCAUCGUCCCCACCAGUGUUCAAGGUCAAGGCUCGCGUUCCCUUUGCGCCAGAGUUCCUUCCAAGCAGUAGCGUUGCGUCCGAGGGCGGAAUAGAAUUCGAAGUCCCCAAGGCUGUCACCGACGUUCUCCCUCCGGUCAACAAAGGAGCCUUGCCUGUUCAUCCCGAGCACACUCCUCCAUCCGCACAGAUCAUCCCUGCUAGUUAUGUUGGACACACCACCCCGUCCAGGCCACCGCCGGAAAAGCGCCGCCGGCUCACGAAAUCCAUCACCACUAUAUACAGCGAUUACAGGUCGAUUGCUGAGCCCGAACGUUCCUCGGCUGCCUUCACACGAGCUGAAACCGAAGGCCCUUCCAUAACCAGGUUGUUCGAGCAUAUCGCCGACUCCCCGCAUCACCCUGAGGAACGGUCAGCCGACGGUGGAAGUCAUUUACUGAAGACAACGGAACAGUUGGCUCAACAUCUGGCAAGCUCUGACGAAAAGAUCCCGCCGAAUGGGCCGCCAUCCCAAGUUCCUUACACUGCAUACAAAGUAGCAUAUCCAGAUUACAAGGCAAGUCUCGGUGACUUUGUAAGGGCAGUUCUGUGUGUCCAUGAUCUUCGAAAGCGGAGUGCCAUCAUGGAGUUUCUCUACGACGACUUUGUCCGCUACUAUUGCGACGAUUACCUGCAGUACACACGCGAGGCCGAGGGCAAAGUCCCUGUCCGGGCUGCUAUAGAGUUGUACAAUGACCAGGUUUCAAGACCUCACUACCAAAAGGGAGUCCUGACCAAAGAAAACAUUAAUGAUGUUCUCGACAAGUACCCUAAGAUGGUACGGUCGAUUAACGAAACACUUGACUUUACCACGCCUGCCAUAGAGGAAAACGGAGGUUCGAGCAAACUACAGGUGCCUGUUCCAUUGCCCUCAACGACGAGCCAUCUACCAAAGCCGCGGUUGGUUGCAAAGUCAAUCACGCAAGCUCUGGUCGGAUCCCCCGCGACCGAACUUGCUUCGGACCCCAUUCAUCCUCCAUCACCAAUACCGACAAAGAGAUUGCGGCCGUUUAUCCAGACUAUAGAUCGUUCGGUUCCGCGCCGACUUUCCAACCGGCCUCUAGAACUUGAGGCUCCUCUUGUAGAUGAGCCAAUACCGGGUUCAGACGCUGCGCCUAUUGAGAUAGGCUCGGCGUCUUCGUCCUCAUCGUCAUCUCUUUCGCCGCCUCCCUCGCCGCCUCCUGUACUUCCACAAACACCUACUCAUUCGCAAGGAGGCCCUAGUUCCCCAACCACAAAAGUCAUUCAACCACAAGAACAACCCGGUGUCAGCUCAUCUUCACGAGAGGCAUCAGCGGCCUUUGAAAGGCCACGACUGGAUACUAGCCCAGCACCACCUCCGCCAUCAUCGGCAAAGAUCAUCUCGCAACAGGCUUCUAUCAGUCCACCCCCUCCUCGUCGAUUUGCAAAAGUCGACCCUGGCUCCCUGGGCCAUCCCAUUACCCAUCAGCCACCACGCCAAGGCGAAGACAUCCAUCCCAAUUCCCAAAUCGUACCAGGUACUCCCGCUCCCUCCGCACCAGCACCACACUUCACCGCCGCACUAAGCCCUUCCCGCCCCGGGCCUCUGAUCACCCAAAUCCCCGCCAACACCGACCUCCCCCUCCUCAGCCAACUCAGCAACGCAGAUAGCAUCCCCGGCCCCUCUGUCCCAUCUGCCUCCUUAGGUCUAGUCCCCUCCUCCGCAACCAGCUCAAAGGUCCUGUUCAGCACGGCUACCACCGAUACAAACAACAACAACAACAACAACAACAACAGCGACAACGUACUUCCUCCUCCCUUUCGCCCCGCUACUAGCAUGACUACAACCCACCUUAACCCCCUCUCAACCCAAAUCAGCAACGCAGAUAGCAUCCCCGAUCCCAGCUUGCCACCGCGUCUCCAGCGUCAGCGGAAAUCCAGCUUGACUUCUUCGAACCUCUCCCGACUCGCGCACAUUACCAGCAGCAGCAAGAGGUUUUUGCAGAAGAAGCAAGCGGUGGGAGCAGGGGCGCCGUCAAGUUCGCGCUCGGGUUCGGGGUCGGCUUCAACAUCAGUCGUCAUGUCCAGUAAUGUUGCCAGUUCGGGGGGUAUUGUGAAAGAUAAGGGCAAAGUGAAGAAGGUGAAAGGGAAAGGGAAGGAUAUGGGUCCAGGUGGUAGAGACUUGAGGUCAGAGUAUUUUGUUAAUUUUGUGAGGGAGAAGAAGAUGAGGGAGGCGGCGGAGAAGGCGGAGAAGGCAGCUGCUAGCUCGAGUCAUCCGGUGCCGGGGAGUAGUAAUGGGAAGCAAGCAGCAGGUUAAGGAGUGUUUGUGACGAAAAGAAUAGGUUAUGUUGUUUCUUGUCGGAUCACGGUAUGUAUAUAUGGAUUGUUUGUUGGAUACUAAUGUAUCCUAGCAGCAGGACAAGGUACACCUUCUGGACAUCUCAAACAAGUGUUACCCUUCUAAUCUCAAACUCUUUC